GGUCAACUAUCGGGGAAGCAUAUACGUGCAGUUGGCGUUAGAGUUCUGUCGGCUGGCCCUGUAGUUGACGAUAAACAUGGCGGGUACCCCAGAUAUUUUACUGUAUCAUGAAGAAGUGUCAUACUAUUCGUUUCGGGUCAGAAUGGCGCUCGCAAUAAAAGAUCUGAAAUAUAAAAAACGCCGUGUGAACUUGUUUCUUUCGGAAAACCUGGAGCCCUGGUACAUGCGACUCAACCCGUCCGGUUUGGUACCAAUUUUACAGCACGGUGAAACUAUAGUGUGCGAUUCAGAUAAAAUAUUGCGUUAUCUCGACGAUGCCUUUCCUGAAACUAUUCAACUCUGUCCAGAUGAAUCCACGAACGAAGGACACAUGUGCGACUAUUUCAAACGGCUUAGUGACAAGAUAGACGUACACACCAUCACGAUGAUCGCUCCAAGGUUUCCCGAAAUUACUAAAGUCAAGCCAAGAAAUCCAAUGUUUGCAAAUGCAAUACACGACCAAGCUCCGGAAUUGUGCGAAAAAUACGCGAAUGAUUUUCCCGAUCUGGCCGAAGCGUACCUGGCAAAAAAGAAAUUAAAACUAGAAGAGUUGUUGAGGUUAGAAGACGAGGAGUUAGUAGAAACUGCGAUCCACGCGUGUGAAGAUGUGAUGACUAAGCUGGAGGAAGAGCUAGCGAGAAAUGACGCUGACAUGAUGCAAGAUAAAGUACAAUGGCUUUGUGGGGAACGUUUUACAUCGGCUGACAUCUACUGGGCUGCGACCUUGUAUCGGCUCGAGGAAAUGGGUUACGACGACCGUUACUGGGCUAAUGGAAAGCGCCCUCACAUCGAAGCUUAUUACGAACAAAUACGAAGCUACGACUGUUUCCGAAAAUCCGAACCUUCCCGGUGUCUCUUAUUAAUGGCAAAGAUGAGACCCCAUUUGCCGUGGGUACUCGCCGUAGGAGGCGCAGCUGUUGCCGCCGGCGUUAUCUACGCCCUUAUAAAGAGUAGAAACGGUGGAAAGUUCCCUUCAAUCUUUGCCAAAGAGAAAAUUUGGGUGUGGACAGAAUAAGAAAGCAUCGUGGAGCUAACCAACUAAAUUGGAUAUUAUCAAAGUUACGAGAAAAAAGCAAACUUUAAUAUUUUGUUAUUCAACAGUGAGACUUUGAGUUUCAACUAACGUUCAUCAUAACAUUGCAAAACUUUGCGUGACAAAUAUAAACACAAAAAUAAUUUCAAACCUAACAAAUGUUACGUUGUCUAAGUCGAUAAGCCAUCGUUUGUGUACAAUGUGUACAACUGGUAUUGCCAUAAAUUUCGGGUUAUGACUCUAGAUGCUGGAGGUAAAAACAUUUAAAGUCAGUUUAUAUCCUACGUCAUGAUUGCGUCAUUGUAUGAUUGAAUGAUGCACCAUUUUAUCCAAUGUAUGCAAGACUGUCUACAAAAUGUAUCUUAGUGUCCUCUGAUAUAGUGCAUCUAUGAAAUUUGGGUAAUUCUAUGGCCUGCCUUAUUUUCCAAUAUGAAACCACCUGUAGUAUAUGUGGUUCUUGAAGCGCGGUGCUCGUCUCGCAGCGCGUGUUCGAAUUUCAUGUAAAUAAGCAAUGUAUUUUACACACGUUGUAUACGUCGCUAUGAGUCGCAUAUCAAACAGGACGCGACAAGACGACUGUCGCCCUUUAACAAAAUAUUCAGAAAAUAAACCAUUCAAGUUCUCUACACGCUAAACUCAUUUUUGUACAAAUAAUGAGGCUUGUUUUGUUUGUUUUUGUAACAAAACACAGAUAAUUCAUAUUAUGUACUAGUAGUACAACGCAAUUGUACCUUCUAUUAUUACUAAACAUUCCUUUUGUAAAUGGGGGCUAUUAUUGAUUAAAACGUAAACGUAUCG